AUGACUCAAUUCCCUGCUUCACCCCAUCCCCUUCCCUGCUUCCCGCCAUCCCCUUCCCUGCUUACCCCCAUCCCCUUCCCUGAUUCCCCCCAUCCCCUCCCCUUCUUCCCCCCAUCCCCUUCCCUGCUUCCCCCCAUCCCCUUCCCUGCUUUCCCCCAUCCCCUUCCCUGCUUCACCCCAUCCCCUUCCCUGCUUCCCGCCAUCCCCUUCCCUGCUUCCCCCCAUCCACUGCCCUGCUUCCCCCCAUUCCCUUCCCUGCUUCCCCCCAUCCCCUUCCCUGCUUCCCCCCAUCCCCUCCCCUUCUUCCCCCCACCCCCUUUCCUGCUUCCCCCCAUCCCCUGCCCUGCUUCCCCCCAUCCCCUGCCUUGCUUCCCGCCAUCCCCUUCCCUGCUUCCUCCCAUCCCCUUUCCUGCUUCCCCCCAUCCCCUUCCCUGCUUCCCCCCAUCCCCUUCCCUGCUUCCCCCCAUCCCCUUCCCUGUCUCCAUGUUACCCGUUUCCCUGUCCCUUUUCUCUAUGUCCGACUUCCCUAUGUCCCUCUUCCCUGUGUCCCUCUUCCCUGGGUCUCCCCACCCUCUGCUCUAUUUCCUUCAGUACUUCCACCUUACCGCUUGCCCACCUUACCGCCUGCCCACCUUACCGCCUUCCCACCUUACCGCCUGCCCACCUUACUGCCAUCCCACCUUACCACCUCAAGUCGUUCCCUACUCAUCUGCGCGCAAGUGUGGCGGAAGGUGCACGUGGUGCGGAGCAUGUUUGCGCUGGGGUACGACGUGGUAUUCGCUGAUCGUGCGAUUCUCUGGCUGCUCAACCCGCUGCCAAGCCGAAGGGGGUGCCAACUUGCACGCCGUCGUCGCCAACGGCGAUCGCCCUGCCCUCUCUGUUGCCGCCGCCCCUGCAUGUACGGAGAGAUUGGGAGCCGGUUCGCCUAGCAGCCACCAUUGUGCAGGCACGGAGUUGAACGUGGAUCAUGGGGCAAGGGUAGGGGAGUGUGUUGUGCGGCAUGGUCAGUGCGGAGUGGCGUGGGAGGGAGGCACAAAGGCAAGCACAGGGUGA